UAUUAUUAUUAUUAUUAUUAUUAUUAUUAUUAUUAUUAUUAUUAUUAUUAUUAUUAUUAUCUAUAUAAUAAUACGCCAGUUCCGUGUGUCUGUCUGUCACUUUUUCAAAGUGGAUUAUAUUUUCCACAAUUUUCUACAAUGAAGUCUAUAAAAUAUCGCCUAUAAAGUUGUUAUGUAAAUUACCAAACUUUCAGACCAUUCCUUGCGACGAGUGCGGUGGCACGCGCACUCGCCCGCACACGCACUGGUGAAUUUUUCUUUUUCUAAAAUAUUAUAGAGUGAUGAAAAAAGCUAUUACGCUGAUUACAUAACAUUCAUUUCUUCGUGAUUGAUUUGUUUAAAAAGUAUAAAGAACAAUAAAGUCGGCCCCUUUCUUUCAUGCUGACACUCUUAUGCUCGGCAUAACACUGAGACUGAAACGAAAAACGGAAGACCAUUUGGAACUAUUCCACAAGUCAGUCCGACCUUCAUCGUCACAGAGAAUACUGCGAGAAGAACCCAUGCAAGUUAAAUAUAACCAGAACAUGGGAGAGGUUAGGUGUCCUGUACCUUAAUGCAGCUUUCAGAUGAAUGUUUUUGUGAUGUAAUACCAAGGAAAAACAUGUUAAAUAAAGUUUAAAAAAUCUUUUUAAAAGAAGAAGGAGAAAUCAAAAAUGUUUAGAAAUAUAUCUAAUGCCAAAAACAUAUAUAGCGAAUCUGCCAACACACCAUCGCACUUGUGGUUAAUACGUUUUACAAUCAAAAUUUGUCUCUAUACAGCAAUAACAUAACCUUGUGGUAAGCAAAAAAUAGUUAAGUGUGAAUCACACUUGCAAAUAUUCACAUCACACUUGUAAAUUUAGCUUACAAGUGCGAUUUUUCGCACACCAUAGCACUCGUACUUUUUUAGCGGGUGCUUUUUGUAGCUCUGGCAUAGUUUUAUUCAAGAAAUGGCCUGAACUUUAAUGUUAAAAUAGUAUUGAUGUCAAAGGAAAGUUAAUUAAGAUUAGUGAAGCCAUUACAGUGCACUUAAAACUUUGAGGCCAAAUAACUUGCAAACGAGGUGGUGACGUCAAUGAUUUUUCACCGCGUGGGUAACUAGUGACCAACUGGGACCAAUUUGGAUAAGUUUCCCAAGCCUGGGUCCCCAAAUCCGUUUCGGAAUGGACAGGUUGAUGACGUCAUUAAAAAACCUUCAAACCCUAAUAUCUCUGCAACUGUUUGUCAAAAGUACAUGAUCCUACACAUUUUCUUGACCAGCGUUCCAAGAUCUAUAUGAUAAAAAUAAUGAUAAAGAUCUAUAUGAUAAAAAUUUGUGUUUUGAUGGGACUUUAAUGACAUCAGCAAAAUUUUUAAACCCCUAUAUCUUUUUAAGCAUUCGCCAAAAGCACACAUUAUACAUUAUUUUGACCAGCGUUCCAACAUCUACUUAUUACAGGCAACGAAUAAAACAACCUAUUUUUCCAUUGUUCUUUUGCCAAAGUGGAUUUUUCCACGGGCCUUAGCGACUAGUUAUUAUUAAUAGUAUGGUACUGGAAACUCUGGUAAGGUAAUUCAUCACUUCAAAGAACAUUGAACGACGGGAUCAAUCGAUCUCCUAUCGUACCAGCCAACUUGCCAACCCACUUUCCCUAUGAGGAUUUGUAACUAGCCACUGAGGCUUUUCUUCUCGAAUUGCCAACAAGUCUGACUGCUAGUCUUAACAAACGUGUUUUUACCAAUGGAUGUGUAUUUUUGAUUAAUUUCAUAAAGUUCUUUUCAAAAUAGUAUUGGAAUCAUAGAAUUCACACGCUGGAAUUAACAAAUUUUUUUCUCAAAUUAUUAGAAAUUGAAAGAAAUGUACUUCAAUAAAUAACACAGAAAUAGUUGGAAAAAUUAAUGAUGCUAGUACAAAAAAUAAGCGCAUGUGAGCGCAUUUUAAAUUUGCAAAUAUAAACUCAAAAAACCCUUUAGAGAUUUAACUAUAUUAAAAGACAAACGACUGAUGCCCAUUGUGUAAAGGUGUGAUAUUAGUGUGCAUUCAGACUGUACUGUAGAUAUGAAAACUUUGCAUAUAUUUGCUGGUGCGCCAAAGCUCUCCAUCAAUAAUGAAAACACUUCAGUGGAUGCAUCAGUCAUCUGGAAACAGUAUACAUUUACAACGGCAGAGCUUUGUAACAAUACCAGUAUGUUUUCACAGAAGGAGUUAAGUGAAAUUCUGUUGGAAUAUGAAGUUAACCAAAGCCAAUUAUCUAAUAUUGUUGAACCAGGUUGUUAUGAUACUAUGUUACCUAAGACAAAGUCAGAGGAUAUCAAGUCAUUGGAUAGAGUGGAUGUAAAUACUGAUAUGCUCUAUCAAGAAGUUUGCAUUGAAAGUCAAUUACUCUUUAAAUCUGAUGACUGUUUAAAUGAGGUAGGUCCAACAAUACCCAGAUAUUCUGACUAUUCUCAGACUUAUUUUAUGAGACAACAAUCUCAAUUAGACGCCAAACAAUUUUCAAAUUCAAUAUGUGAGUAUGAAGAUCAAAAAAAUAUGGAAAAUAGAAAUGGGAAGUCAGUGGAACCUUCUGUGAUUCCUGAAACCCAAGAAAACGAACCCAUGCUUGAAUAUCAACCCCAAAAAGGUGCAGACAGUUUUAAAGACAAAAAUUUCCAUAGUCACCCAAAAUCUGUUCUAAUAUCUAACAGUGAUACAAUGCCUCUAUGUGUAAACAAGGAACCUGAUUGUAGCUGUACUACCGAUGAACAACUAACCAGUUCACUUAUGCAUAGCAGCUGUGAUAUACCUAAUUCAUGCAGUGGAAGAACUAUUAUGUCCAUAAACAAUGCUAUUGAAACAAAACAAAUGACAAAUUUACUUGUUAUAGUGUUGCAAAUUUGUCCAGUAAGAAUUGUUCAGAUUAAGCAUUGUCCAAAUAUUGGUCAAAAAAUAAAGUUAGCAAAAUUAAUGGUUGGUGAUGAAAGUAAAUUUUAUUUUAACAUUACAUUGUGGAACAAUUGUGCUGACUGGGUUGACCGAAUACGUAUCGGAGAUGUUAUUGUUUUGACUAACGUUAUGAUGCAGUUGUAUAAAGGAAAAUAUAUGGGUCAAAGUAACGCAACAUCCAAAGUCUUUAAUUUUAGAAGACCUGUUUGGCCUUUUCCAAAAAUUUGGUCCAAUGUUGUUUGCAUAAAGAAGCUUUACUCAUUUAUAGCAUGGAUACGUAACACUCAUAAUUACCUACUUUCUUUUUCUUUUCACAUUGAUCCAACUGUUGUGAGAAGCGAAUUUACAGAGUUAGUUGCAGGGCAUAUAAAUAAUGUAUGUGCAAGAAUAAUGACAGUUAAUUCUCCAGAAGUAAAACAAAAGUAUUUAUUCAUGGGGCAAGACUUGUCAAAAGUAGUAGUCAAACUUGCAGACAAAGCUGGCAACAUGGUUGACUUAUUUAUAUGGGCUGAAAAAUAUGGUUGGUUAACAGAGUUUUAUCCCUUGAUCAACUCAGUGCUGAUAAUCAAGGCUUUGCUAUAUAAAUACAACACCAGGGAACGUGACUACAGCUUGCAUACAACUUUUAAGUCAAGUUAUCAAGUUGUUAAAGAAUGGAAGUCAGCUGAUAAAUUUGUGCAUUGUUUAGCUACUAUAAAAUCAAUUUCUCUGAACACAAAAUCAAGUUCUAACAUUUGUGUGACAAGUUCAAAUGUAUCAUCACAACUGGAAGAUUUGCUUUCGUUUUUGUUCAUUGGUUGUAGCGAAUGUUAUACUGAACUUGUUGAGAACUCUGAUGAUAGUUCUGGUAAUUGUUGCAAUUGUGAAAAUAGCGAAGCUGUAAUAGGUGUGCACAAAUUCUUUAUGAUAAUGCAUAAGUAUCAUUCUGUUAAUCAAAGUUGGGAUGCAGACGUGGACUUUCAAAUGGAUGAUUCAGAUGUUUCAGAUUCGUUUGGAGUAUGGGUAAAUCCAGAAGUUGGAAAAGAAUUAUUUACUACAAUUGUAACUAUGGAGCAAAGAUUGCUACACAAAAACAAAGACUAUGUUGCUGACAAGGUCAUGCUUGCGUUGGCAAACCUGUUUGAUAAGGAAAAUGUGUACCAUGUUUGUCUAAAGAGUUUAGAGAGCAUACAUAAUGAAUGUUCGCUGUUAUCUGAUGAGAUUUACUCCUUAGAAGAAAUAUCAAAAUAUUAACAGCUUUAUAUAAACAAAACAUGCAUAUUUUCUGUGUCUCUUUGAGUUGCUACCUUUUCUAAUAAUUUCAUUGUCACGUUGUUUUUAUAAAUUUCCUAAAUUAUUCCCAAUAAUUUAGCUAUCGGUUAUGGCUUUUUGUAAAUGCUUGAUAAAGUAUCUUUUGAUUAAACAUCUCCUACAAGUCUCCUUCUUUAAUAAAGAUUUAGGUGUUUGUAAAGCUGAUUAACUGUCUUAAUAUCUUUGUUUGUAAAUAAUGGCUGUAGGAAACCUGUUAGAAAGAAAAAGAAAAUACUAGAUGCUGAUUUCAGAGUCGCUAAACCUAAGUUGUCCUAAAUAACCUGAAAAAUGGGGACCCUUCUAAAAUACCUAAAUAACCUAAAGUUUGGGUUAAAAACAUUGGUUCCUCCUAAAAUUCUUUUUUUUAUAGUACCUUUAUUAUUAUGUUUUAUGUGACAAAAAAAUUUUAUCUGGAAAGAGGACAGGAUGAAUUAUUUUUAAAUAAUUUACUGCAAUUUGAAACGAACAACCUCUGCAUUACGAAUGUGAUCACAAAUAUUGGUAUAGACUGUUAUUUUAAUAUUAUUUAAUGAGCUAUGCUAUGUAGAUACUUCUUCAAAUUUUCGUUUCCAGUUAUGUUUUUAACGAGCUCUAGGGGUUAAGGUACGAGUCGUUUCUUUCGAGGGACCGAGUUCAAGAACACCAUAUUACUCGGCUUCUUCACCAAGCUGUGAAUCAAAAUUUUUUUGAAGGAAGAGGAAUAUUUGGUUGGGUCAGUAUAACUCUUUAACUGCCUAAAUUUCAGUUCUAUUAACGUUUAAGAUAUUCUCUUCAUUGUGUCUAUGUUUUCACAUAUUAAGAUGAAAAUAUCAUCACGUUUUCUAGCCAUGCGUUAAUCUGAAACAAAACAAUUUCAAGAUUUUAGCUAGCUAACGUAGAUUUUAAGGCAGCAUCCUGCUGAAGCCUUAUUUAAUCUUAUUAUUUUAAAGUUUGGUUUAUUAUCAUUUAUUUUUAUGUUGGGGUUGGGGAACUUUCUCUGAAAAAUAAAAAAGGUUGGCCAACUGUUUUUGCUAUAACAGGGGAGCAAUGACUUGUAAACUGUAUUUUUAUUUCAGCUAAAGUUGUGAAAAGUUAUUUUUUAAAUAAUAUAUUACACUGGAAAGAUCA